AUGAAGCUGGCGGUCUUUAGCGCCAAAUCCUACGACCGCACCUACCUGAACCAGGUGCGGGAGCAACACUUUCCGCAACUGUGCACCAUCGACUAUCAUGCCUUCGCCCUGUCUGAGGAGACCGUACCGCUAGCCCAAGGGUGUGAUGCAGUCUGUGUCUUUGUUAAUGACACUUUAGACGAGCGUGUGCUGAGAGCCCUCCAUGCCUAUGGGAUCCGUGCUAUCCUGCUCCGCUGCGCAGGAUUCAAUCAUGUCCAUCUCGCAACCGCCGAAGAGUUGAACCUCUUCGUGGCGAAUGUCCCGGCAUACUCCCCGGAAGCCGUCGCCGAGUUCGCCGUGGCCCUGAUCCAAACUUUGAACCGCCAGGUUCACCGCGCAUACAAUCGUGUGCGCGAAGGCAAUUUCAACAUCGAGGGUUUGCUCGGGAAUACCCUCCAUGGUAAGACCGUGGGGAUCGUCGGUGUGGGGCGCAUCGGACUUGCAGCCGCGCGCAUCUUUCAAGGCUUCGGGUGCCGGCUCCUCGCGCACGACCCCUUUGCCGGCGAAGAGUUCCGCCAGUACGGAACCCUAGUGGACCUUGACACCCUGUUAAAGGAGAGCCAUAUCGUGACGCUGCAUUGCCCCCUCACGGAGAGCACGAAGCAUCUCAUCAAUGAAGAGACACUCGCACGCAUUCGACCGGGUUCCUUGUUGGUGAAUACCUCGCGCGGUGCACUCAUCGAUACUACGGCUGUCAUCCAGGCGCUGAAGGCGAAAAAGCUGGGCGGAUUGGCGUUAGAUGUCUAUGAAGCCGAGGGCGAGCUUUUCUACAAUGAUCACUCGGGAGAGAUCAUCGAGGACGACGUGCUCAUGCGCCUGAUGACCUUCCACAAUGUCCUGAUCUGUGGCCACCAGGGGUUCUUCACACGUGAGGCCCUCGAAGAGAUCGCUGAGGUCACUCUCGGCAAUCUGUCUGAUUUUGUCUCGGGUCUCUCCUGCAAGAACACCUUGGUCACCGAGGGACAUACAGCAGCUCGCCUUGGCUCGGAGCCGGUGAGACUCUAA